CAUUAGUUAAGGAUGUAGUGUAGUAGUAAGUGUAAUAGUAAGGUGUAGUGUAGUUGAAGUCAUUUAUCUUGAUGAAAACUAGCAGUAAUGAACAGUCUGUUUUUUUUCUUUUUUUUUCUCUUCUAUUGUUCUAGUGAAGAUGGUUAUUGUUUCUAUGAGAACAACCCAACAAAGUAUUUCGAACAUGGAUCGCCACUAACAGCAGAACAAGUUGAGCAAUCUUUUGGAAACACUUGUUCAUUAUUACCACGUUAUACACCUUUGGAAUUUACGUUCUCAAAUAAUGAAGAAAAUGUGUAUCUUAAAUUGAAAAAUAUCACAGGGACAACUUUUCACCUUUAUGAAUCAAAAUUUCCAGAUUUCCCAAAUUAUAAAAUUUCUAUUUCUAAAGGUAGCAUGGUGACGAUUGCAAAAUGUGAAGAGAUCAAUUUCUGUGAAUUAUUAGAAGAAUGCAGUGAUGCCUUUAUUGAAAUUCAACGGUACAGACACCAAUCACCAUUGCCAGACGAUAUUGUGUAUAUUUCUUGGAAAAAAGUAGUGUCGACAUUAUCUAUUUUGGUUGAGUAUGAAGGAAAAAUAACAAGAUGCAGGGACUUUACUAAGACUAUUAACAUCACCAAAGUAGUAAUGCAAAGUGAUAAGAAAAUGCCAGUUGCUUAUACACAAUAUGAGUUGGUGACAACAACAACAACUAGUGACGACCAAACGCAAUCCGUAAAAAUUAUUAACUCAAAUAUUAGCUUGGGAAUAUGUGAAUCAAUAUAUGUUCGUAUUGCUCAAUGUUCAAUUUGUUCAAUGAACUUGAGAUUAAAAUGUGGGAAUGAAAUUGUCAAUAAAACAGUACGAUCUGAUGAAGGACCUCGUUUGUUGUUUUCAAAUAAUUUUUUUCUCUACGGAUGGAACGAAAUCGAAUUGUCACCGCCAUCAAAUAACCAUAUUCAAAAGAUCAACUGUAAUUUAGAAAUGUAUGGAAGUUACGAUAAUAUCACACCAGCUGCCGUUACCAAAUUCUGGAGAACCACUAAUCGGACUGUCAAAGGAACGCGAACAACAACAACAACAGACAUUUCUGUUUUAUCCACUCAAACGGAAAAAAAUUCAACAAUCAUAUCGACGACAGACGAUCCUUUAUUGUUGCUAAAUAUGACUACAUCAAAAAUUCCACCUAAUAAUUCAGAAGAAUGUUCAUGUAUCAACAAUUAUCUUGCUGCAAUCGCUGGCGCUGGUUUUAUCAUAGUUGUAUUACUUUUCUACAUCUUCUGGUCAAAACUGACAAGAUCCUCCCGUAGAGGAUUCCCGUUGUGAAUUACAAAAUAGUAUGUACGUGUGAUUAAAUUAUCAACUAAUUAGCUAAAUUCCAAAUUGCAUAGUUUAAAUUUGAAGGGCGCAAAAAAAUAAUUUUGCUUUUUUAAUAAUAAUUUUAUAAUAGGGUAAUCCUAAAAAAGGGAAAAUGCCUUUUUUGACAAAGUAUAAAAAAAUAGUAACG